AUGUCCACCAGAAGAUCUCGUUCCAGACAAUCCGGUGCUUCCGCUGAGAUCACCGAUGCGCAAAUCACCGAUCUCGUUUCCAAGUUGCAACAACUUAUCCCUGAGCUUCGCGCCAGGCGCUCCGACAAGGUUUCAGCUGCUAAGGUAUUGCAGGAGACAUGCAACUACAUAAAAAACUUGCACAGAGAGGUUGACGAUCUAAGUGAUCGAUUAUCGGAGCUUUUGGCUAACACAGACUCCAACAGUGCUCAAGCAGCCAUUAUUAGGAGCUUACUUAUGGUUUGGUUUGUACUUUCUAGACACCAACGCCAAGGACUACCAUCGGAUCCAUUUUUGUGUGGACCCGUUGGAAGGGUCAAGGUUGAAGCUGACAGUGGUUAUAACAUGUACCAUUUGCAUGCAAUAUGUGGUGGGGAAAGGUUGUUUUACAAUGUCUCCCGGCCCCAAAAACAAAAAGCAACUUCUACAUUUGAGCUUAGAGAUAUGGUUGAUGUCACGUGCCCAAUUGAAAGAAACUGUAACAGCAGUGAAGAAGAAAUUCCUAUGUAUGUUUUACUUGCCUCGCUUUCUUCGUUUCCUGCACUGGUGCGUUCUGUUUCAGAGAAAGAGAAUUCAUUUCUGAUCUAUUUGAAGCUGCCGCAGCACAGUGGCAGGCCCUUGAGCAAAAGAGCUCCAAAACCUGUCAGUACCCUUAUUAUUUUAGGAUCAGGUGGUCACACUGCUGAGAUGCUUAAUCUAUUGGCAGUGUUACAGAAGGAAAGGUUUAAUCCAAGAUUCUACAUUGCUGCUGCUACUGAUAAUAUGAGUCUUCAAAAAGCUCAGUUGUUGGAAAGCGCCCUGGCUGCUGAGAAUGCAUCAAGGGUCACCGAUACUGCACAGUUCAUGAAGAUAUAUCGGAGUAGGGAAGUUGGUCAAUCGUAUAUAACCUCAGUUUGGACUACAUUAAUUGCAAUGGUUCAUGCGCUAUGGCUAAUGAUUAAAAUUAGACCUGAAGUGAUACUUUGCAAUGGACCUGGAACUUGUAUUCCCCUCUGUGCAAUUGCAUUCAUAUUUAAGGUACUCGGAAUCAGAUGGUCAUCAAUUUUCUAUGUUGAGAGUAUUGCAAGAGUGAGAAGGCUCUCGCUGAGUGGCUUGCUCCUGUACAAGUUGCGAAUGGCUGAUCAACUUUUUGUUCAGUGGCCACAGCUGCAACGACAAUAUCCCCUAGCUACCUAUGUCGAACCUAGAUAUCUUGAAUUUGGUGACGCCGUUAGACUAAAUUGA